AUGCAAGGUCAAAGCUUCAUUCGCAAAGUUUGUAGUUUUGGAUCCAAAUUUACUGGCGUAGGAAAGUUCUGUUAUAUCGCAGUUUCAUAUGAUUCUACUAGUAUCAAUGAAAUUCAUGAUUCGUCUAUAACAUAUUGUAAUCAAGGAAAAUUAGACGGUUUUAAUUCAAUUUAUUUAGGAUAUGGCAGUAAUUCAUUUUUCCAAAACAAUAUCACGAGAAACCAUUGCGAAGAUAAUACAGCUUUUGUAAUAGCAUAUGGCGAAGGCAUAAUUUCAAUUAAAUAUUCGAUUAUUGAUGAAAACUAUGCAAAUUCCAGAAUUUGCUUUACUAAAUCCAAACCAACAACAUAUGACAGCAUUGUUUUCACAAACAACACUAUUUCUAAAAAUGAUAAUUCUUUCCCUGGAAUGCUUCAUUGUCAGAGUAGCCAUGUUACAUUUGAAAACUGUUUCAUUGAAAAUAACAAACAAAACGGGUGUUAUUUGUUUGGAACCUUAGAUGAUUUAGAUUCAAUUACAGUCUCUAAUUCAUAUAUUGAUUCACGAGAAAAAUUAUAUUUAGAAAGUCAACAAGUUACGAUUGAACAAAAUAAAGACAUUUCAAUUGAACUUCAUCUUCAUUCGACAGAACUCUGUCCAACAGGAAAUAAUUAUUUUGUUUAUAUUAACAAAGGGAAUAAAUUCAUUUCGGGGUUUAUUCAUCUUAAAGGAAUAGGUGAAUCAAUGACUUCGUUUUUUUCUUAA